UCAAAGAGCAAGUGAAAAGUGAACGCAAAGUAAAAAUGCUAGGCAAAAUUAACCGUUGAAGAUGCGGCGGGCGGUCGCGUUGGUCCUAACAUUGGUCGCCAACGCAGUCCUCGCUCAAGGCUUGUUAGCACAGCGCUCCGUCAACUAUUGCGCUGCCAAGAUGUGUGGGCAUACCAAUGCACAUACCUUCUGUCAGUUUCAGCCCGGCCCAAGCGAAAGAUGCAGAGGGUACAUGGACGCACACCUCACCAACGAGGAGAAAGUGCGGGUAGUCGCGCGCCUUAACCGGCGACGCAGCGAGGCCGCGAGCGGGCGUCUGCGGCGCCUGCCUCCUGCUGGGAACAUGCUCAAGUUGCGUUGGGUGGAAGAACUGGCUCGUGAAGCCCAGCGGUGGGCUGACCAGUGCCGGCCGCCGCGGACGCCUGACGAGCGAGACGCUUGUAGAGACCUCUAUUCGACUACAGUGGGGCAGUGCGUGGCGUCAGUGGUGGGGGAAGCCCCGGGCCUCCGCGUGGAGUCUAUGGUCGACAUGUGGUACAUGCAGAGCAUCUUAUACAAGGGGAACGUCACUUCUUACAUGAUCCCUAUGAGCAACGUCACGUUCUACGGCGAUUUCGCUCAAAUGAUUUGGGCAAGAAGCUACAUGGUCGGUUGUGGUCGGAGUAGAUUUAUGUCGGAAUUGAACGGACGGUUGAGGAGCGUAGAGCGGCUGGUCUGCAACUUCGCGCCCCGGGGCCCCGUGCAGUCCAGGGCGCUGUGGAUCCCAGCAGCCCCCGCCACUGCCUGUCCCGCGCGAUCCAUGCCUGACCCAGAAUUGACUACACUCUGCAACUUUCAACGCAAUUUGGAUGCAUCUACUGAUGUUGACGGCACAAUGAGUUUAGAAGACCAUGUUCUGUUAAGUAUAGUAUUAGAAAUAGAAGAUAAUGAAAUUUUGAACUAUCUGGGAAGUCUAGACGAGCUGUAUCUCACCAAGUUAGCGGUAGUUACAAUGGAUAACAAAAUCACCACCCCUCAUUACGAAAAUGUUGUGCAUAAGAGAGAUAUUAUAGAAACACUGGGUUUAGAUGAGAACGUGGUUCAUAUAGAUAAUGAACUUAUGGAAAAUGAUGCGCAUAAGUUUAUAAAUGCAACGAAGUUUUUGAUGAAGAUAGAAGAAGCUGUGAAUAAUGUCACCAUUGUCACCAAGCCUGUAAAGAAAGCUAUUUUAAUCGGACGUCCAAAAUCUUACAAUAUUGAAGAACUAAACGAUAUUGGAACUCAUUCUCCACCAGAAAACACUAAUCCUAACGAAGAUAUACCUAGUCCAGACCAUGCAAAGAUAGAUCGUGAUGUUUAUUUGGAAUAUGCACUGCUAGAUGUACAAGACGAAAACCUCACAUCUUUGCCAGAAACGCCAAACAUGAAUUACGAAAAUAUAACAGAGAAGCAUGAAAAUUCAAGCAGCAUUGAUGAGUCACAGAGCGUAACUUCUUCAUCUGAAAUUAUGAUGCAACAACAUAUUUCUUCGUCCGAUGAUGUUAGCCAAGAAAAUUCAGGAUUUUCUUUUAAAGAAGACGUUACCAAUAUCACAAACAAACGAGCAGCACUGACUUAUGAUUACUUUAAGAACAUCACGAGGAAUAUGAAUGAGACAGCCAUUUUUUCCACUUUGAGGCCAGAUGAAGAUUAUCUUACCGAUCCUGAAACUGUACGAGAGAUACAGGAAGCUUUGGAUCGCAUGGAGCGUAACCUCGAAGAGAUCAGGUCGACACCAGGGAAGGUGCGUCGCGAGCUACGAGAUGUGCCACCACCCCCAGACAUAUUAGACAACACGCAGCCUCCAGAUCCUGUUAGACAUUAUAGACCAGCUGUUCAGAAUGCUGGCUCGGACCAGAACAAGACCGACAGGGGCCCUAUGCUUAACAUGGUGCUUAAGUACAUGCCCUACUUGAAGCCCUAUGAAAACGAAAUACUUGGCAGUAGUACUUCUUCAGGAGUUUCUUUGGCUGUUUCGUACGUUUGGUUUAGCUUCGAGUUCUUGUUAAUGUGCGUUUAGUUUGGUAUUACAUAGUUGUAUUUUGUUAUGUUGAGUGUUUUGUAAUGUAUU